AUGGCAACAUCGCUCUCGCUUGACUCUGACGACGAAUAUGGCUACGAUCUCACUCCUGAAGACGAAUCUCUGCUAAGCCAGCUCAUCACCGAAGCUCCCAACCCCGCCUCAGCACCACCACCACCUGCUGCAGUCGCCGGCCUUGCAGAAGACCUGGGCAUCGACACCGUCGCCGAGGAGGAGUUCCGUCUGAACGAUGCUCCUUCCAAUGCCCUCUCUUACGAGCCGUCUGCUACGGCCAAGGUGCCACUACGGUCUCCUCACAGUCGCCGCAGAGCUGCGUUUGGCACCGACAGCAGGAAGCACAGGGCUGGUACCCCGCCGUCGAAUGGCAACGGCGUCGUCAACUACCCGGAUCAACCUGACAAUGACACCCGAUCGCCCCUCGUACGAUUUCGAUCCUACCCGCGAAAGCCAUUCACCGUCACCGACCUGACAGCCGGCGCGUGGUGCGAGCUGCAAUACUUCUACACCCUCACACGCCUGCCCUUCGGCCGCAAGACACGCACCGCGGCGAUGAAGCAGGGCACCAAGGUGCACCAGGACCUUGAGGACGAAGUCCACACCACCGUCCGCGUCGAGAUCGCGAGCAAAGAGGACGGCUUUGGUCUGCGCAUGUGGAACCUCAUUCAAGGCAUGCGAACGCUCCGUGAAACGGGCAUGACCCGCGAGCUUGAGGUAUGGGGCUUCGCGGACGGCAAUCUCGUCAACGGCGUCGUUGACGGCCUGAGCUUCGAGAACCCGGACCCGGAGUUUGAGGAGCAGCUGAGCCAGGAGUCGGAGGGCCAGAGCCAGGCGAGCAUCACCGACUACUUCCCGUCGAAGAGUGCGGGCAAGGAGAAGAUCCCGCAGAUUUACUUGACGGACGUCAAGACGCGGGGAUCCAUGAAGGCGCCUAACAGCCCCGCGCUGCUGCGCCCCGCAAAGGUGCAGUUGUUUCUCUACCAACGGUUCCUGUCAGAGAUGGCGGCGGACAAGUUGGAUUAUCUGAGAAUCUUCAGGCGGUAUAAUCUGGACCCAGAUGUGCCGUUCUCGGAUUCGUUUAUCGCACAGAUUGGCAGCUUGCACGACGAGCUGUUCUUCGACGUCAACUCAUCACCAGAUGGCGACUACGUUCCACCAUCAUCUGAUGCGGCAAAUGGCGGUACGGACGUGGAUGGAGCCACAAGUCAGACGCCAGAUUUUAUCAAGUACAGAACGCUCCGCGAACUCCUCCCACUUCUCAGAUCUGAGUUGAAGGAGACUUUCGCUCACGGUGCGGACUCCGUUGGUAGACUACUCGCCGUAGAGUACAGAUACCGCGGCGAUGGCUCCCUCAUCGACAGCCAGGUGUUCCCGAUGGACGACCGCGCGCUGAACCUCUACCUGGGCAGCACGCUGGAGUGGUGGCGCGCAGACCGAGAGCCGCGGGGCGUGCAGAUCGAGGAGGCGUACAAGUGCCGCAUGUGCGAGUUUGCGGAUGACUGCACGUGGCGGUCAGCCAUGGAUGAGGAGAGGCUGCAAGCUUCCAGACAGCGGCUGGCGAGUCGCAGGAAAACUGCUGCUAGCGGGUGA